AUGAGCAUCCGCAAAGUUCAAGGCUCCCCCGACAAAGCCAUCAUUGAAACCAUGAGAGAUGACAUUCUAAGUCAUUCAGAGGAUACCACCUACGAAGCUCUCUUUAUCGUUGCUGCCCCUGUCGACUACGACUACCAUGUUACGUGCGAGAACUUCGCCACUGUGUGCAAAGACCCGGACUAUAUCAGCCGGUGCAUCAUCCAGGCUAAGUAUGAGGCAAGAGGACCGAAUGUACCCAGGCACUGGUUUCCGAAUCCGCAACCGUUCAAAGCUACUCGAGUUCCGAAAGAGCAAACCGCAGAAUCUGCAUCGUGA